AUGGCAUUGAAAGAUCGGUUCCUUGUGGUGCUGAUGACUUUUACUUAUCUUUCAAUUCCAUUGGAAUUUGUCGUACAAGGACCACUUGAACGCGAUUGGAGAGGUAUAACCAUCGCAUUACUCGUCAUUCUUGUGAUGUGUUCAUUAAUUACUGCUGCCGUUUUGCUUAUUACUCCGUUUGGCUCAACAAAUGAUGCUGGUAAAGUACCAUUAAAAUUAAUAGAUGUGCUUAGUAAUGCUCUGCUAAGUAGUAUAGAAGCGGUUGAAUGGAUUGAUAAGGAUCGAAUCGCUAUUAAAACCUUCGAUGAAAUUCGCAUUAUCAACACUUCUGCAACAACUUUUAAUCCAAGAAUUUUUCCUAUUGAUGAAAUUCAGGUAGAUCUUUUGCCUCCAAAAUUAGAUGCAAAAUUUGAAAAAAAAUUAAAUCUGCGAGAAGAUAUCUGUCCGGAUUUGUCCUAUUGGAAAUCAGAAUUUUUUUCGCGAUUAAAUCUUCUACCAGUCAGACCAGAUUGCGACAAUGAAGAGAAUAUUAUUCAACUAUUUUCAUGGAAUACAAUGUCUAAUGAUUACGCAUUUGUUCAUGAAAAUAAUAUAUACUACAGCGAUGGUGUUGAGGGAAAUCAUAUGCAUCGCAUAACUGAUAAUGAAAACAACACGUUUAUUUAUAAUGGUAUCAUGGAUUGGCUAUAUGAAGAGGAAAUAUUUGGUGAUAGUAUAGGAAUGUGGUGGUCGAAUUCAGGCAAAUAUCUGGCAUAUAUAUCAAUUGAUGAUCAAGAAGUGGACUUGAUCGAGUAUUCUUUAUAUGAAGGGAUGCAAUAUCCAAAAACAGUUAAAGUUCCUUAUCCUAAAACUGGUGCGCGACAACUACCGAAAGUUUCUUUAUUCAUAUGGGAUAAAACAAAAAAAAAAUCAAGAAAAAUGGAGAUAAAAUUGGGAGAUGAAAGUUUUUACACUUAUAUCUUCGCUAUAAAAUGGCUUUCGAUGAAUAAUAGCGAUGAUAUACUAUUAUCAGUUUUUGCUAAUAGAUAUCAGAAUGUAACGUCAGUUACUAUGUGCAGUUUUGAAUCAGCAAAAUGUGUUUUGAACUUUCGACAGUUAUAUCGAUACGGUAAUAGACGUUUAUGGGCUGAACCGGAUGAAUACAGAAUUUGCUGUCAAUCGAAUAAUUCAUAUUUUAUUAGAUUGCCAACUCCUAAAGCAAAUGGUGAAAUAUAUACACAAAUUGCACGGAUCAGUCUACCGAUUGAUUUAAAAAAUGGUGCAAUAUCAUCGAUGUCAUAUGUUAAUGCUUUUUACGAUAUUGUUUCGAUCAAUGCAUAUGAUUCGAAGAACGAUAUACUCUAUUAUAUCGCAGCAGCUCCACUUCCUUCUCAACGCCAUUUAUAUUCAUUAACAGGAUGGUUGAAUAAUAUACCACAAGUAAAAUGUGUUACGUGUAAUCUAGUAGAAAAUUGUACAUCACAAGAAGUUGUGUUUUCAAGCGAUCGCGAUAGAUAUAUAUUGAAUUGCCGUGGUCCAGGCCCACCAAGAAUUUAUCUCGUCAGUGUAUAUGCUGGACCAGGAACGCAAAAGGUUGUAGAGGACUAUCAUCCAGUUGGUCUCGACCCACUCAUAGCAUCGAAUAUGAAAUAUAUUGUCAUAAGUAUUGAUGGACGAGGAUCAGGGAUGCAAGGAUGGAAAUACAAGGAGCCUAUUUAUGGUAAUCUAGGCACUGUAGAAGUCGAAGAUCAGCUUGAAGCUAUGAGAUAUUUGCUGGCUACACAUCAUUUUAUGGAUAGACAAAGGGUUGCGAUGUGGGGAUGGUCAUAUGGCGGAUUUGUGACUGCGCAUGCCAUCGAACAAGACACAAAGAAUACAAUUAAAUGUGGAGUGAGUGUUGCUCCAGUUACGGAUUUCAAAUAUUAUGAUGCAACAUAUACCGAACGAUAUAUGGGAGAUGCUUCAGAAACUGCCUAUGAAAAAGCAAAUAUUUUGCGAAAUGUUAGCAAUUUCAGAAAUGUAAAAUAUUUAUUGGUGCAUGGAUUGGCUGAUGGAAAUGUACAUAUGCAAAAUACAGCACAAAUGAUCCUUGCACUUGCAGAACAGAACAUUCAAUUUGAGUUAAUGGUAAAUCUAAUUGCUUAA